GCAUGGCUGGACCUAGGCCUGUGGUGCUCAGUGGCCCUUCAGGGGCUGGCAAGAGCACCCUGCUGAAGCGGCUUCUCCAGGAGUAUGGCAGCAUCUUCGGCUUCAGUGUGUCUCACACCACAAGGGACCCACGACCUGGUGAGGAGAACGGCAGAGAUUACUACUUUGUGACCAGGGAGGUGAUGCAGCGUGACAUUGCGGCUGGGGAUUUUAUCGAGCAUGCUGAGUUCUCAGGGAACCUGUAUGGGACAAGCAAGGCUGCUGUGCAAGCGGUGCAGGCCAUGAAUCGCAUCUGCGUGCUGGAUGUGGACCUGCAGGGUGUGCGCAACAUCAAGAAGACUGACCUGUGCCCCAUCUACAUCUCUGUGCAGCCACCCUCACUUGCCGUGCUGGAGCAGCGGCUGCGGCAACGUAAUACCGAGACGGAGGAGAGUCUGGCGAAGCGGCUGGCUGCCGCCCGGGCAGACAUGGACAGCAGCAAGGAGCCUGGCCUGUUUGACCUUGUGAUCAUCAACGACAACUUGGACGAGGCCUAUGCACAGCUGAAGCAGGCACUGUCUGAGGAAAUCAAGAAAGUACAGGGGCCAGGCCAGGCCUGAGGACCAAAAUCCAUGUCCCCAGCCUGGCUCCAGGUGGGGCCCGACUGGGUGCCACACAAUCCUGCAGGGGCCAUGACAGGAUGGGCAGAGCUGGUCCCCACAUGGUCGCAUAAUGGCUGUGCUCUCAGCAGUGUGGGCAGCUUCCUCACUCACCGUGCUAUAAGGACCCUGAGGUGCCCUACCCACCUCCCUUCCCUGUCCCAACCUCUCCAGCUGGAGUGGGCUGACUUCUUAAUAAAGUAAUUUGGACUGAG